AUGAAGACUUGGGUUUUCUUGCUAUUCUGGACAAUGAUUCCGAUCGUGGCCAUGGCCAAUGGUCCGCCCGAGGAGCCGUUCAUUAUGUGGGACAAUAGAGAUGCAACACUCGAGUAUAUCGAAGACACCAAACACAUGUGCACCACUGUGCAAAUCAUCCCAGGCACUCAUAACAAAUACGACGUCUCCGAAAUGAUCACUACCACUUGCCAAGCUCUGACCGAGGCAACAGGACACUAUCUGAGCCCUCCAGAAAUCGAAGAACGAUUCAAGCGAGACACCACAAACAAUUCUGAAUUGAACAAAGCGAUCAGAGUGUGGAAAAAGUUUAAAAACUCAAUGGGCUUCAAAGAGAUAGAAGAAAUUACUGAUGAGGAUAGGAAGGCGUUCAUGAAGGAAAUUUCAAAAGAUUUGCGCCGUCUCUUGGCUAAAGAUGAGCUUGUCACCUCCGACUACUACGAGCUCAAAAAUAUUCUUCAAUGGAAUAUUACGUCGCUUUCGGAGUACUUUGGAUACCCUCCUAAUCGAGACCAUGACGCAUGGGCAAUUAUGACCCACAAACAGCUGCAGUGUAACAAAGAAAAUCAGUUGGAGAUGUACGCAUGUGGUGAUGUCAACAAACGGAGACAGUUGGGUCGCUACAAAAUUGUGAUUCCAAUAGGAAAAUUUUCCGAGAGUGGAACCAUUUACAAGUUCCGCAACAUUUCCCAGUUCGCUGUCGAAAUUGGAGAUAAAAUUAUUUCGGCUGACUCCUGCCACAGACUCAGGUCCCUUAUUCGCUGCAAAGUGUCCAAAAAGAACAAAUGCUCAGUUACCAAUUACAAGGAUUGUGACCAAGAAGUGUUCCUGACACCAAGCCAAACUCUGACCAGAUAUUUUGCGAAUGGCAUUAUCAUUGUUGCAUCAAACACAGAGGUUUAUGGAACGGUGGUCAACGGAGUCCAUGGGAUGAGACAUAUGGAAAACUCAAAGCACAUCUUUAUGAUUGCUGCCAAGACCGAUUUCAUAGUUGUCAACGAGAAUAUCAUCUAUGGAAACUCCUGCAAAACCACGGUUCUCUUCCCGAUUUCUCACAACGUGGACAAUCUCACCGUCACUCACGAUGACCUCGACAAACUGCAUUCCCUCCUCGGAGAACAUCUGGAAAUCUCGGCACAUCGGCAACUUCUCGAACCACGAGCCAUCGGUUACAUCAAACAGAUCAUCAUUUGGGGAAUCGGCUUGCUUGUGAUCCUCUCCAUCGUUUUCUUCGGUAUUUACUUCUAUGUUCACCAGAGAUCUGCGUCAAAGGAUGUGAAAGGGAACUCCGAAGAGUGUGAGAUGGUCAACUGA